AGGAACCAGGUCAUGGUCGAGGGAUCUUGGGGAUGGAGGUACUAAAACUAAGCCGCGAUACGACACGGCGAAGAACAAUUUAGCAAGGAAAAGAAUAUAAUGAAAUAUAACGAAAGGAAAGAUACAAUGAUGCUGGAGCCAAGGUCCAUAUUAUACGAUGAUGAUAACGAUACUAGUGAAGCAACUUGGAAACGAAAAGUAUGCCUCAGGGUCGCGUUCAAUGUAGAACUGUUCAAGUCCAGUCCCAUCAGCAAUAUCUUGGAGGGCGGCUCUGGUUUGCCCUAUGGUCAGCAUCUUCAACGUGCAGCAUUUCCCCAGACUCCCCCAGAAGGCCAUUCUGUUACCAACUUCGGGCUGUUCCUCAAAGAUCAGGUGCUCCAGGUGCUCUUGUGCGUUCCUAGUAUCCACACUCGUCUCCCUUCUUGCUGUCUCCCUUGCAUUUGGUGUUUGUUCUCAAUGAAGUCAUCCAGUUCUGCUCCCAGCCGGUGUGUAGCCAGUUCCUGCCCUACAGCAGCCUGGGUGUGCUUUCCCAAUGUAGGUUGUUCAGAGCCUGGGGCAGUAGCUGAGACAAUUGCCUCCAACUCUUUUGUUGGCAUGGUUGCUAGGCCUGGGAUAUGCCCAAUAUCCUCACCAUCCAGGCUGGGGUCCCCCUGCUUUCUAUCCUAGGUGGUUCUCCUCUGCUUCAUAGUCCAAGAUACAUAAGUACACUUUAUCCUUAUUCCUGCAAUGGCGGCCAGGAGUCUUCUGGGGACCGUUUAUAGGAGUGAAUUUCCACAAAAUGACAACCUCUUCUCCAGCAGACUCCUCAAUUUCUUCAACAUGAUUCUCAAUUGCUAGGUUUCACUCUGCUGUAAAGUCCUCAGCUUGCAUGAGAUAGAAGUGGAACUCCAUCAUCUAUGCUAGAAGUCCGUCACUGUAAAGGGGGGCGUACGUGCGUUGUUCCCUGCGACAGGAACUGGGUUGUGAUCGAGGGAUCUCAGGGAUGGACACACUGAACGAUCUAACAAGGAAACGAUAUUAUAAAAGAAGAAACACAACGAUGAAGGAGCCUCGCUCCAUUCUAUACGAUGAUGAUGACGAUACUAGUGAAGCAACCUAGAAGCCAAAAGAAUGCUCAAUUUCU